AAUAACAAAAUACAUACGCAAUAUAAUUUGAUGUAAAAAAAAUGUGUAGUGCACAUUUUAGAAACUUUUCAUACGAUCGCACCCAAAGUUCAAUUUCAUAAUUAUAACGUUUAUGAUUGCAUCAAAAGUAUGACAAAGCGUGUCGAUGUUGCAACUUACAAAAUUGGCUCUUCAAGAUUUUCAUUUGUCUUCUAUUGUCAUACGAAACAUCUAUUGUAUGUUAAUCAAACAUAAAAUUUACGCGACAUCGACAUGCUUCGUUAUAUUGUACAAGUAAGAAACAAUAGAGAAAUAUAAGAUGUUGUUGUACACAUUAGUAGGAGGUUACAUGUUAACGUCGAUGAUACUCUUUAAGUAUCCGACGUUGUUACACAAGAAGAAACAGGUGAAAUUCAUGUGCCAGCAUAUCAGCCACAGAGGCGGAGCUGGAGAAGGCUAUGAAAACACCAUGUGUGCCUUUAAACGAGCUGUUGCAGUUGGCACACAGAUGUUAGAAUUGGAUUGUCAUUUAACAAAAGAUGGAGAGGUUGUUGUAUCGCAUGAUCUUAAUCUUUUCCGUAGUACAGGCUCAAAUAUGAACAUUUCUGAAGUGAAUUACGAAGAUUUACCUUUAUUGAAACCACGUCUUCCAAUAGAUUUUGAUCCAGAUGUGGAGUAUAUUGGCUCAGAAAAUGAGGAAGAUAGGAAAUUUGCUUUGUUGAAGGAAGUAUUUGAAGCAUUUCCUAAUAUACCGAUUAAUAUUGAUAUUAAAAUUAACAACGAUGAACUUAUAAAAAAAGUAUCGGAUUUAAUAAAAGAAUACAAUCGAGAGGAUUAUACAGUAUGGGGAAAUUUCAGCGAUAAAAUAACGAAAAAAUGUUACGAAACGAAUCCAAACGUAAAUUUGCUCUUUUCUAUGAGACGUGUAACUCUGUUGAUACUUCUUUUAUACACUGGUUUAUUACCAUUUGUACCUUUGAGGGAAACUCAUUUGGAGAUAUUUCUACCUUCCAUUUAUUUAAGACGGAGAGGACGUCCAGAUACAACAUUUUUAUCUUUAGAAAAAGUACUUGUACGCACUAUUAAUGUACUUCUAAUGAGACCAUGCUUAUUUAAUCAUUUAAGAGCUCGGGGAAUACACGUUUACUUUUGGGUAUUAAAUAAAGAGGAAGAAUUUAAAAAAGCUUUUGAUCUUGGAGCUACCGGUGUAAUGACAGACUAUCCGACGAAAUUAACGUUAUUUUUAAAAAAUGCUACCAUGGAAUGAGAUAUUACAUACUUGAAAAAGAAUUUAACAUAAGUUGCGGACACAUGAUCUAUUUAUUGAUUUACUUCCAAAAAGAUAUAUACUGUUAUAGGCUGAGAUACGGAUAAAAAUUUUAUAACGUAGUCAAAUAUUACUUGCAAAUUCUAGAA